AUGCUUCGUGAGCUGUCCGACAAAUUGGGCACGACAGAACAAAUCGCGGGAUGCAUCAUCGUCCAAGUACUGCUUCAAAAGCUUGAUCCUGCGAGCCAGGCAAAAUGGGAGGAGCGGUUAGAGGAUCCAGCAGUCGUCAAUAUAUUUCCGACGUGGGAAUCCAUGGCAUCAUUUUUGGAGCAGCGAUGCAGAACAUUGGAGACAAUGGAUUUCGCCAUGGCAAGCUAUGCGUCUGGCAAUCAGGCAGGACCACAGCUUCCAGAAGCUAUUGCCGCUGUCGCAUCCAAUACUGUCGUUGAACCCUCUGCCGUGCCUUCCUCAUCCACUGCUCUUAUUGCUCAGGAUUUCAGUACUGACAUUGUGCUCCUAGCCACUGCCCCCGUUCUCAUUAAAAACCGGUCUGGAGUUUUCGUUCCAUGUCGAGCCCUUCUUGACUCCGGCUCUCAGCUGCAUCUAAUAACAUCUCGCUUCGCAGAUCAGCUUCAAAUAAAGAAGAUAAAGACUUCGACUUCUGUUACUGGAAUAGGUGAUUCCAGCUUUGUUACAAAUGGUCACUCAGUUAAUAUUACGAUGCAGUCCCGAACGUAUGAAUACACGGUGAACAUAACCGCAGUUAUUGCUCCCAAUAUAACUGAGCGACAGACUAGUUUCAAUGUGGACAUCGGCAGGUGGAAAAUACCACAAAACAUACAAUUAGCUGACCCUACGUUUUUUGUCCUUCAGCGUGUGUAUCUUUUGAUUGGAGCCAGUUUGUUUUACGAGCUGUUGUGCGUUGGGCAAAUUAAGCUCCCACCUGGAUUACCGCUUAUACAAAAAACUCGCCUGGGAUGGGUGGUUUCCGGAGGAUAUGGCGUCUCCAAUGGCUCAGCGUUAAUCUCGACCAUUCCCUUACCUAUUGUUAGUAGGGAUAAUAGCUUAGAUCGACUUGAUGAUCUUCUUCGUCGAUUUUGGGAGGUGGUAAGCUGCGUGGAGCCAAUUGCGCAUGCUACUAAGGAAGAACUGGACUGUGAGACGCACUUUAAAAAGCAUUUCAUUCGUUCCCCUGCUGGAGACUAUUCUGUUCGUUUGCCUGCCAAGUUCAACCUGGAAUUAUUGGGUGAGUCCUACCAGCAAGCUUAUCGUAGAUUCCUGUCCCUAGAAAGGAAACUAGAUCGUCGGCCAGCCUUGAAGGCCCAAUAUGCGGCUUUUAUAAAGGAAUACCUUGACUUGGGGCACAUGUCUACAGUUGCUGGCGCAGACCUCGCUUCUUGUCGCUUCUUUUUGCCUCAUCAUUGCGUCAUAAAGGAGGAGAGUUCCACUACAAAGCUUCGCGUAGUUUUUGACGGAUCUGCCGCGACUUCAUCAGGCUACUCUCCUAAUGAUUUGCUCAUGGCAGGCCCCGUAAUUCAGCACACCCUGUUCCAGAUUCUGAUUCGGUUUCGCUCAUACCCGGUAGCCAUCACUGGAGACAUUUGUAAGAUGCACCGUUGUGUCAAGGUACAUCCAGAGGACAGCUAUUUGCAAUGCAUUUUAUGGAGGACUUCCCCACAGGACAAGCUGCAAGUGUACAAACUGGACACCGUCACUUAUGGCACGAAGCCUGCAUCAUUUCUGGCUGUGCGGGCUAUGCAUCAGCUGUCCCGAGACGAGCAUUCUUCGUUUCCGCUUUGGGCUGAGGUUAUUCAGCGCGACUUUUACGUAGAUGAUUUGAUAUCUGGAGCCCAGACCGUGGACGAGGCUAUCAUCAUUGUAGAUCAGACCUCUAAAAUUUUGUCCCGAGGAGGCUUUAAACUUAGAAAGUGGUGCUCAAACGUGCCAGCGGCUUUGUGUGGAGUGUCUGACGAAGAUAAGGAGUCAUAUUUAAAGUUUGAUGACGGCACUGACUUUACCAAAACUAUGGUUGACCUCAAGUCCCUGUAG